ACAGGGAGUCCGUAACCUGGACAAACAGCAGCCAGACUUCAGUCCACAGAACCAUCCAUCAUCGCUAUGGGAAUUAUAGCGUUCGUCUUCCAAAACCAAGCGCUUAUCCCCUACUACCUGAAACCCGUACACUCCGGGGCACAGACUAUAAAAAGGCGUGAGGGGACUGAAUUUGUACACUGAGGGAGGAUAAACCCAGCGAAGGGACAAGACCUCACAACAAUGUGGGUGUCCUGUUGAUGCGGAGAUGCUGAUGCUCCACCUAUGAAGCCGAAAAGUAACAGAUGUGGACCUGGGCAUAUUUAAAGAAGAGAGAUUCCGCUGGGACAAUGCCUGGGAAAAUGUCUUUGAUUUGGUCGCUGACGCUGCUGCUUACUGUGGUCGGUGACGUCUUAACCCACACGCUGACCCCCAUCCCGACCACAGAGAAGCCCUUGUCUCCUCGGCACUACCACCACAUCGACCCCGCCACUGGGAACAAGCUGGUGUGCGACAAGUGUCCGGCGGGCACCUACGUGUCAUCCCACUGCACAGAGGCCAGUGUACGGGAAUGCAGCCCUUGUCCGGACGGCACCUUCACUCGGGGUGAAAACGGUGUUCAGCAAUGCCACCGCUGUCAGAGACGCUGCCAAGCCCCUUUUAUCGAGAAAACUCCCUGCACAUCCACCACUGAUCGCUUGUGUGUGUGUCCGCCAGGCAGCUUCUCUCAGGAUGGAAAGUGUCAGCGCCACUCAUCAUGUCUGCCUGGGUGGGGCGUCCGAAAGAGAGGAAGUGAAACAGAGGAUGUACGCUGCCAGCCAUGUCAGCGUGGCACCUUUUCCGCCAUUACGUCAGACUCUCUGAGGUGCCAAACUCACACAGAUUGCCCUGCAUUGGGCUUAACUCUGCUGAUCAAAGGCACAAAGAAGACUGAUAAUGUGUGUGGCCCAAAUCCAGCCAGUUCAGUCCCUGUCCUACUUGGAGAAGCCUCUGUUUCUACAGUUUCCAGCACUGAGUCAGCAUAUAGAGCUAGUACAGCAGUUUUGCCAGCUGCAGAUAUCCAGGAUGAAGCUGAGCCAGUCUUCAGUAGCACCGACAUGGCCCUCGGUGCUCAAAAUUUUCCCACAACCACAGCUUACCCCGAGGCUAUUGAUAAAGAUGGAGGACUCUUAAUUGCUGCAACUCAGGACCUCCCUAAAUCAAAACUCAAGCUGACUUUAUCAAGAGACCUUCAGCUUUCUAACCAUCAGGGUGUGGAGUCUAUGUCAGAGAGCAAGGCCCAAGGUUUGGGGUACCGACCCAUCCGCAGGGGAGCACCAAGGCCUAGUUCUCACAAGCACUUUGACAUUAAUGAGCACUUGCCUUGGAUGAUAGUCCUGCUGCUUCUGCUGGUACUGGUCGUGAUCGUGGUGUGCAGCGUCAAGCGCAGCUCACGGGUGUUAAAGAAGGGUCCCAGACAGGAUCCCAGCAGCAUCAUGGAAAAAGCCAUUCACAAGAAGCCCAGCUCUCCAGCACAGACCAAGGAGAGGUGGAUCUACUACUCAAAUGGUCAAGGUGUUGACAUCCUGAAGUUGGUGGCAGCUCAGAUUGGCAGUCAGUGGAUCGACUUGUAUAAAUCUCUGGCCAGUGCCACAGAGCGAGAGGUGGCCGCCUUUUCCAACGGCUACACGGCGGAUCAUGAGAGAGCAUACGCUGCUCUACAGCACUGGACCAUACGAGACAGCGACGCCAAUUUGGCCAAACUUAUCAAUGCUCUUCACCGCCAACGCCGCAUUGACGUGGUGGACAAGAUACGCAGUGUCAUGGAAGACAAUCCUCAGGUUGACCUGAACAAGCUAAUGACGGCUGUGAAUGUAAGCCAUUGUCUGAGCCCCAGUCAUAAGCCUUUGGAGUCUCCUGGUGUGGCGGUGGAGCAGUCGCCAAUGGAGCGCAGCAGGGGAUUCUUUCCAGACGAAUCCGAGCCGCUGCUGCGCUGUGACUCCACUUCCAGCAAAGACUCUGCCCUCAGCCGGACGGGCUCCUUUAUUACCAAAGAAAAAAAGGAUACAGUGCUGCGGCAGGUGCGUCUGGACCCCUGUGACCUUCAGCCCAUUUUUGACGAUAUGCUGCAUAUUCUCAACCCCGACGAGCUCCACGUCAUCGAGGAGAUCCCGAUGGCCGAGGACAAGCUGGACCGCUUGUUCGAGAUCGCCGGGGUCAAGAGUCAAGAAGCCAGCCAAACGCUGCUGGAUUCAGUCUACAGCCACUUGCCUGACCUCCUUUAAACCUCCAUUACAUCUCACUGUCGUUAAGCUACAGAAGCAAAGUGGCGACGGACAUACAAAUGCGGACUCGGCCCGACUGAUUGUGCCACUGAUGUCACACGCACGCUGUUUUAAAAGCUCACACAAGAGUGUAUCUGCUAGCUCUUGACUGGAUACAGAUGGUGUCAAUGCUAUAACCUCUCUAACAUGCAGCAUACUCUUGCACACGCCUCAGCAUGAUGUCAGACUCAAAAGCUAAACGAUGUAAUUCACCAGAUGGUUUUGUAAGUUGAAUCGAGCUCAUUAUGGGAGUUUGUUUCUGCCAUGGAGUUCAAAAUAUUAAUAUAAACAAAAAAAGGGUUUUGAGACAAAUAAUUAAAUGUCGACCCAGGCUCAUUCUGCAAAUGUAACCCGAUAUACAUUUCUGGAGAUCGUGAAAUACGUCCCAGGAGCUACGUUUUUUUGAGGUUUUUAUUUUUGUGAAUCCAGCAGAGGGCGCUGUGUAUGCAUUUGAGAUCUCAAAGUUCUCUGUGACUGCCAUUCGCGCCUGCUCUUCUCACGUAAAUCCACUAGAGGCCGCUCUCGACUGUUCUAACUCACCAACCGACCGAGACCCCCUCUCACCCCCUUCCCUAAACCCAACCAGUAGUGUUUUCAAAAGCACCAAUUGACCCGCUCACCCAGUUCCAUAAACCCAAGCGCAGUGUUUUAAAAAGCAAUCCAGAAAAA